UUCACAAUACUUCGUUUUCUUCAUCAGAUAUCAAUCGCUACGCUUCUGUUUCUGUCUCCCAGCUCCCAGAAAGCAAAAGAAAAUUUCUGUUUCUCUCUCUAAAUCUUUCUGUUUCUCUCUCUAUGUCUUUCGGUCUUGUCUCUCUCACUAUUAAGAAAAUGGAGGCUGCACCAAUUCGGAUUGAUAGGAAAUCAUCCAUAGAAACCGAGCCAAAAACGUUGGGAAUGGACCAAAUUGAAUUUGCAAGGGAGGCAGCUAAGUAUGUGGUGAAUACAAAGAAUAUAGAAGAAGCAAUGUGCAUUUUCACAGAGGGUUUGGAGCCAGUAGUUAGUUCGAUCCAGCAAAGUGGUGAUGAAUUGAUGAUGGCUUCAGUUGAGGAGCCUGAGUACUCGGAAUAUUAUUACAGAAGACCACGAGGACCCAGGGAGAUUGUCUCAGCACCUUUUUAGCUGGUGAUUAAAUACUUUUGUAAUUUAAUUACUGCUGGUGUUUUGAAUGUAAAAUAUUGUACAGGAUAUGGAUUGCUUGUUUUUGUUUUUCCUUCAGUCGGUUUUUUUGUAACUUGUCCUUCUUACGAUGCCGAGAAAGUUUUGAAUUGAUUGAGAUUUUCCUGAGUAUAGCAAACUCGGACUUUUUCUUCUUCA